AAGGGUGUGAGUUUGAAGGUUGGAAGAAGGUACAUAUCACAGGAGACACGACGAGUCGCCGCAGAAUCCCCAGGACCCGGAGGAGACAACACCAAAUGUUUUCCCCUUAAUUACCUCUCAGUGCAGUUUGGACUCAGCUGCCCCGGCGGCAACAGAGCUGUCCUCACCGGUUAAACAUUAAAAGAUGCCGCUGACGCAAAAAUCGGCUAAAAGUUUGAAUAUUGGUGCUGCGCAGUAAAAUGUGUGGCGGCAGCGCUGCCGUUUCCCCCCAAGGUCAGUGUCUGAGGUACCGCAGGCGGCGCGAGGACGAAUUUCUUGGGGAGUCGGAGGAAGAAGGGGCGCAGAGGAGGAGAAGUGGAUGCGGUUAUCUCUUCGCCCGCAUUCAGCAUCAGCUGUGACAUUUCUUACAAACGGCCACUAAAAGAGGAGCGGGAGAACUUGUUUAACGCGCCUGUCAGACACAAAUAGGUGGUCUCCUUUCAGCAUUGUUUACAGAGGUGGAAAAAAGUCCAGCAUCUUUGCCGUUUCCUGCUUCUUCCUCGGCCUGUGAGGGCGACGGUUACCUGGUUGCUGCACGCAACGAUCAGCCUCAACUAGCUAACGUUCACUGAGAAAAUGAACCAUCGGUUCGGUUCUAGGUGACCUGAACUGUUCACUUCAACCUAUUGGUGUUCUUGGAUCACUAUUUUAUCAUCACACAGCUGAAGUCAGCUCAACUUCCUCGAACUUGAAGCGGAGACUUUUAUUUUUUCCUACCUAGUUUAUUGUUUUUUUUUUUUUUCCCCAAACAUGUUACCGAGGAUAGCGCCGUUCAACCGGACAGGUUUCGCUCGGACUGUACCGGAGCUUGGACUGCUCCUGUUGGCGAUACUCGUCCUGCUGGAGGGCUCCGUGCUGCCGCUCGGAGCAGCCAGCACCCCGGAGACCAACACCCACGGAGAGGCGAACAGGAGCGGAGCUGUGGAGGGACACUCCAACCACACCAAGAAGGCUUUCCCCGUCCUCAGCUUUAACUACGAAAGCGUUAAACUCCCCUUUGAGAUUUCUCUCUGGGUGCUUCUGGCCUUUUUGAUGAAAUUAGGUUUUCAUCUGGUUCCUCGUCUAUCAGGCAUCGUUCCAGAGAGCUGCUUACUGAUAGUCGUGGGCCUGCUGGUUGGUGGUCUCAUCAGGCUAGCUCGAGAAGAAGUCCCUCCAGUCCUAAACUCUAAACUCUUUUUCUAUUGCCUGCUGCCCCCUAUCAUCCUGGAUGCUGGCUACUUCCUGCCCAUCCGACCUUUUAUGGAAAACCUCGGCACGAUCCUCAUGUUUGCUGUUGUGGGGACUUUAUGGAAUGCGUUCUUCGUCGGAGGACUCCUCUUUGCUAUAUGUCUGAUCCCACAAACCCCGGUACUAAACAUCGGACUUCUGCCUUGCCUGCUGUUUGGUUCCAUCAUCUCAGCUGUGGAUCCUGUUGCUGUGCUCGCUGUUUUUGAGGAGAUUCAUAUAAAUGAACUGUUGCACAUCCUGGUGUUCGGGGAAUCGCUGCUGAACGAUGCCGUGACUGUGGUACUCUACCAUCUUUUUGAGGAGUUUGCGUUGGUUGGCUCAGUGACCGUAUUGGACGGCUUUCUGGGAAUCAUCUCAUUUCUUAUUGUAGCAUUGGGUGGUGUCCUGUUUGGAGCAAUCUUCGGGUUCCUGGCUGCUUUCACGUCUCGCUUCACCUCCCACAUACGGGUCAUCGAGCCUCUUUUUGUGUUCGUCUACAGCUACAUGGCCUACCUUGCAGCCGAGAUGUUCCACCUUUCAGGCAUCAUGGCGCUCAUAGCGUGUGGAGCGGUGAUGCGACCCUACGUAGAGGCUAAUAUUUCUCACAAGUCCCACACCACCAUCAAGUACUUCCUGAAAAUGUGGAGCAGCGUCAGCGAGACGCUGAUCUUCAUCUUUCUUGGUGUGGCAACAGUGGAAGGACCCCAUGAAUGGAAUUGGGUGUUUGUGACAGCAACUGUCAUCCUGUGUCUGGUCUCUCGAGUCAUAGGUGUGGUGGGUCUUACGUUUGUAAUCAACAAGUUCCGCAUCGUCAAACUGACCACCAAGGAUCAGUUCAUUAUAGCCUAUGGUGGGCUGCGAGGUGCCAUCGCCUUUUCCCUGGGCUUCCUGUUGGACGAACAUCAUUUUAAGAUGAGAAACAUCUUCCUGACUGCCAUCAUCACAGUGGUUUUCUUCACUGUCUUUGUUCAGGGUAUGACCAUUAAGCCCCUGGUGGAGCUGUUAGCAGUGAAGAAGAAACAAGAGGCUAAGCGCUCCAUCAACGAGGAGAUCCACACUCAGUUCCUUGACCACCUGCUGACUGGGAUUGAGGAUAUCUGUGGGCACUAUGGACAUCAUCACUGGAAGGACAAGUUGAACCGCUUUAACAAGAAAUACGUGAAGGGGUUCCUGAUUGUAGGCGAGCGCUCCAAGGAGCCCCAGCUCAUCGCCUUCUACCACAAGAUGGAGAUGAAGCAGGCUAUUCAGAUGGUGGAGAGUGGAGGAGGAUCCAAGCUGGCUUCUGCCAUGCCGUCUACUGUGUCCAUGCAGAACAUUCAACCCAAGAACCAGGCUGCUCCGCUGAAGCCCAAAGAGAGAGCUCUACCACAGCUGUCCAAAGGCCGAGAGGAAGAAAUCAGGAAAAUCCUCAGGACCAACCUUCAGAGGACACGGCAGAGGUUGCACUCCUACAACAGACAUACUCUGGUGGGUGAUCCUGAGGAGGAGGGAAUUAAAGACCUGAUCCUAAAAAAGCAAAUGAGGAUUGAGCUGGACAGGAAGAUAAAAGAGAUGGCCAACCACUUGACUGUGCCUGCUCGUACUCAGGACUCCCCGACUAUGAGAAGAGCCAGACUAGCCUCGGGCAGAAAUACUGAUUUCAUACCUGCUCAGCAGCAAAAGGGAAACAAAAACUCAUCAGAUCCACAGUCUUUCACCGUAAAGCCAUCAGCAGACGGUGUGCCCGUCAUCCAGGUUGACCUGGCGUCUCCACAGUCUCCAGACUCUGUCAACCUGUUUGACGAGACCGGACAGCCUGCCCAGAACGACGACCAGGGCCUGAUGAUGAAGACAAAGUCGAGUGAAUCAGACAAACGCAGUGAGAAAGAUGAUCUGAGAGACCAGCAGAAGCUGAUGAGGUGCCUAAGCGACCCGGGUCCUGCUGCGGAGGAAGACGAGGACGAACCGUUCCUGCCUUAAGAUGCAAAACAGGUCCUAGUUGCUGCUCUGGUUGAAAUUAUCUAAAAAAAAAAAAAAAGCCAAAACUGCAGAAGCUGUAAGAAGCAGUAACAAAGAGGAAGAGCCUGAGGGGAAAAGAGCCAUUAUCUUUUUAUUAUCAUUGCUUUUUAUUUGGUUACAGCAGUAAAAAAAAAUGCUGCUGUACCUGAAAGCUGGGAGAAGGUGGAUGUCACGGCUGUCUAUCUGAGAUGUUCAGUAAGGAACUAUGCAUUACCAAAGCCUUGGACUGUUUUAGUAUUAGAUAAUGUUAGUUUUUAAAUUCUGCACCAGUCUUUAGAGUUAAGUUGUGUGGGACAAACAAGAACAUUCAUAUCUUCACUUUGAUUUUUAAUCUUUGCACGUCAGUUUUUCGUAUCAAUCAGUUCAAGUUGCUGGAUUUAUAAACAUAGAUGUAGCUGUUUGAGACUUUUUUUCCCCUUUAGACCUGUGGAAUAGGGGCAUUCUGUAGAUUUCUAUAUCAUUUUAGACUGUUUGGAAUCAGUCUAAUGCGUUCUUGGGGAAUAUGGAUUUGAAGCUGUUGUGUUUUUGCUUUGCAGGCUAGUGAGUUAAAGAACAAUAGUAUUUAAAGACUGCAGCCUUUUUUCUACGACUAAGGUAACCCUCUUUAAGGGGGUUGGUGUGUUUUGUCUCUUUAAAAACAGUUUUCUGAGUGUUGGAGAAGCUUUUUGCACAUCAUGAGCCACCAUCAUUGCUCCCCCAUUCGGUUUAAAUCACUUUUAUUAGCAAAUGUUUACCUCAGUUUAGAGCACACUUCUCAGCUCUGAUUAAAAUCUUAAAGCAGUUUCCCUUAUUAUGUAAUAGCCAAGGGCCCAUUAACAUUUAUUUUGUCAUUUCACACACCUGAAUAGUUUUUUUUUGCACAGCAGUCACCUAUUAAUAUUUUAUAACCUUCUGACUGUCAGCAUGUCUUGGCAAAAAAUGUAAAACUAUGCAGUAUAGGGGUUUAAAAUACCAUCAUUAAUAACUCUUUCUAUACCCUUUAAAAUCAUUUCAAUCAUGCAAAGCAUUGCUCAAGCUGAAGUUAGAAAUCAAACUUGGGCAUUAAAGAAACAACAAACAAAUAAAAAGAACCUGAACUUUUGCACAGCUGAGCUACUAACUUGUUUAUAACUAAUUCUGUUUGAUAGAAGCAUCAUAACCAUCACUGGUUAACUGUACAGCAUCUGCUGAAUGAACCAGAAACAUCACAUUCCCACUUUAUUCUCCAUCAUUUGUAAAAGUUUUACAUCAAUUUUGUUCUUCAUAUGGCAAUUUUACCAAGUAUAUAUUUAAAGAAUGUUAUAUUCAGACACAUUUUUUCAUGUAUAUCCAGAUGAUUUGCUUGAUUAGUCAUUGCACUACUUUUUAACUUUUUGGUUCAUUCUAUAGAGAGUUGUAUAAGGAUGAACAGAAAGACAAAUCACUCAUAACUGAUGUCUAAUGUCUACUUAUGGAAAAUCAGCAAUGUAUAACCUGGAACUAAAUUGAAUACUGAAUGUUUUUUUUAACGCUCAAGAGUUUCACCUAGAUAAUAAGCUUUUGCUCAAACUUAAGUAACCUUUCCAAGGAUGAGAGCAAAAUGUGUUCCGUUUAGUUUCUACUUUGUCUAUCAGAGUAAAAUAAAAUAAUCGGGGUUGAAAUUUAGCCCAGAGGAAAGCUCUACUUUGAAUCUAUGGAUCAUUUUAAUCCGUUGGGGUUUCCCUGCUGAUCUUAACAUUUUGUUUUUCACUUUAGACUUUUGCUUUCAUCCUUCUGAAGAAAAAUACGACAAACAAA